GCUGAGGUUCCCAUGAUGUCCCCGAAUGGAUCAAUCCCCCCAAUACAUGUACCCCCAGGUUACAUCUCACAGGUGCUGGAGGAUACCACAGGGGUUCGGCGAGUGGUGGUGACCCCUCAGUCUCCAGAGUGCUACCCUCCCUCCUAUUCUCCAGCUCUUUCCCCCACACAUCACCUGCCCCCAUACAUGGCUCACCCCCACUUCAUUCACAACUCUCACUCUUUCUAUCCCCCGGUCAGUCCGGGUGAGCUACCACCCCAUCAGUACUACCAGCACCACCUCCCCCCAAUGUACGGCGAUCCAGUAUCUUCCCUUCUUUCAGAAAUCAUCCCAGUUUAUGGGAUGUCAAACUACUUCAGCAGAGAAGAGACGUACAGUAAGCCACAGCCUAAAAAGUUAAAAGAUCUAGACCGACAGAACCGACUCAAUUCCCCUCCAUCAACUCUCUAUAAGGGCAGCCUUGGGUCAGCAAACAAUGGAUACAGUAACAAAUCGCACGCCCCAUCUCUUGGGUCAGUGGGGUCAGGGUGUGGAGCCAGCAGUCCAGGGGGCAAGAAGCCAGAAAGACGACCUCGCUGCAGUCCACGAAACAGUGAGCCAGAGACACAUACACAAGAUCAUGAUUCAGAGGGGAAACGUGUCCAAGACAUGCUGUCUACAAUCGACAAACCACAGGUGUCUAACGUCCAGGCGCGGGCUGCUCGGCUGUCCUGGGCCCCUCCAGCUGGACUGGUAAACAGGCACAGUAACGGCAUGCCUGUCUCCUGCUCCUACGAGGUGUCUCUCUCAGACAAGGGGAAGGACGGAAAGUAUCGCCUCAUAUACAGCGGGGAAGAAUUGGAAUAUCAUCUGAAGGACCUAAGGCCAGCGACGGACUACCACGUACGGGUCUCGGCGCUGUACAACUCGGUCCGAGGCUCGUGUUCAGAGGCCGGCUCGUUCACCACACACUGCAGCGCCCCCGAUGUUCCGCUGGCCCCGAAACUUUCCUACCGCACAAAGACCAGCCUCAGUCUACAGUGGAGGCCUCCAGGCGACAACGGAUCCAAAAUUACAAACUACCUGCUCGAGUGGGAUGAGGGAAAGAAGAACAGUGUUUUCAGAGACUGUUACUUUGGGAACCAGAGACACUUUAAGCUGACACGGCUGCAGCCCGCCUGUGGCUACACGUUCAGAUUGGCCGCAAAUAACGACAUCGGCACAAGUGGCUUCAGUCCAGAGGUGGUGUUUCACACCACGGGCACGCAGCCUGCUCUUCCCCUCGCGCCGCGGCUUGUCAGGGCAGGGGUCUCCUGGGUGACCCUGGAGUGGGUGCGUCCAGAGGGAAGCCCCAGCGAGGAGCAGCUCAAAUACACACUCGAGAUCCAGGAGGACAACAGCGGAACAGAUUUCUAUCCAAAGUACACUGGAGAAAACUUGACCUGUACUGUACAAGGCCUGAAGAGAAGUACACAGUAUAAAUUCAGGCUGAUUGCGUCAAACGUGGAAGGAAGAAGUAGCCCCAGCGAAGUGCUGGUGUGCACCACCAAUCCAGACAAACCCGGCCCUCCAUCGACACCCAGAGUCACCGGAGUGACACCCUAUGGCUUUACUGUCACGUGGGAUCCCCCCCUGGACAACGGGGGCUCAGAGGCUCUCACGUACCUCCUGGAGAUUUCUGAAGGAUGCUCCGAAGCGAGCCAGUGGGACGUGGCGUACAGCGGCCCUGCGACAGAAUGUGUGUGUGAGCGGCUGACACCGGGAACCGUUUACCGCCUACGUGUAUGUAGCAUCACCACCGGAGGACACAGCCCGUGCACUGUUAGUGUUCCGGUCCAUACAUUAAGUGUCCCGCCAGGACCCUGUCAGCCGCCGCGGAUCGUCGGGAAAGCCAAACACAAGGAAGUCCAGUUAGAAUGGGAUUCACCUGCCUGUGAGGGAGUGUGUGAAGAGUGUGUGUACAGUCUGGAGAUGAGUGAGGGAGAAGCAAAGCCAGCAGAAGUGUACCACGGCCCGGAGCUGCAGUGCACGGUUGCUAGUUUGCUUCCUGGUGCGACGUACAGCUUCCGACUACGAGCAUCGAAUGAGGCUGGGUUUGGGCCAUAUUCUGAGCCGACAGAGGUGACGACCGCAGCGGGACCUCCUGGUCAAUGUGGGGCGCCGCUCAUCACACUCAUGAGUAACACCUGUGUGACGCUCAACUGGGAGAGCCCCGAGGGCUCGGGGACGGACAUCUCGGAGUAUCGACUGGAGUGGGCGAGGGAGGACGAACCCAUGGAGCUCAUUUACUGUGGCUCUGCCGCCCGGUGUGAACUGUCAGACCUGACGCCGGCUACAGAUUACUGCUGCAGGCUACAGGCGGUGAACCAGGCUGGCGCUGGUCCAUACAGCGAGAGGGUGAGCUUCCGGACCCCGGCAACGCAUCCCGACCAGAUCUCAACCCUCACCCUCCUGGACCUGCCGACGUCCUCUGAGGCGGGUUACUCCUCGUCUACUUGCCUCCUCCUGAAGUGGGAAAAGCCCAACAGCAACGGUUCGGAGAUCACCUCCUAUAUCAUCGCUGUAGAUGACCAAACCGUCACCGUGGAAUCGGGAACAAGUCACCUUGUCACCGGCCUGCAGCCAGACACUGAAUACAGUGUGCAGAUUCAGGCGGUGAACGCCAUUGGCUUCAGUCCCUUGAGUCCCCUGCUGGUAGCGAGGACCCGCCCCCUUCCACCAGCCCCGCCCCCGCUCGAAUGCUCAGCCGCAGGCCCUCAGAGCCUGAAGCUCAAGUGGGGCGAGAAUGCCGGACACACGCGCACCCUGCUGUCUGAAGACGUGGUCUACACACUACAAAUGGAAGACAAGAACCACAGGUUUGUGACAAUCUACCAUGGUCCCAGCCACACCUACAAAGUCCAGCGAUUGAUUGAGUCCAGCAGCUACAGCUUCAGAAUACAGGCCCUCAGCGAUGCCGGAGAGGGCUCUUUUUCUGACACACAUACUUUCUGCACCACCAAGUCUCUACCCCCGACCCUCAAAGCCCCCAGAAUUCACCAGUUGGAGGGGAACUUGUGCGAGGUCACAUGGGAGACAAUCCCACCAAUGAGAGGGGACUCUGUGAACUACGUCCUCCAGAUGCUGGUGGGACGUGAGUCUGAAUACAAACAGAUUUUCAAGGGAGAAGAAGGUUCAUUCCAAGUAUCCAGCCUUCAGGCAAACACAGACUAUCGUUUCCGAGUGGGCGCCUGUCGCCAGUGCCGGGACACGCACCAGGAGCUGUGCGGGCCGCUGAGCCCCUCCUCCCUGUUCACGCUCCGCCGGCAAGAGUCGGCGUCGUCGGGAGAGCAUUACGCUUUGGAAACGAGCAAGGGGGCGGGCCUUAUCUCAAGCGACGAGCGCUUUGCGGCGCUGAUUGUGUGCGUGUUCGCCGGUCUGUCCAUCCUCAUCGCCUGCCUGCUACAGUACUUCUUCAUGAAGUGAGGGAAUUUUUACCUAUAGGAUAGAAAGCGAAAUCAAAAAAAAAAAAAAAACAAAUCACAGAAAUGAACUUUUACAAAUGUCUAUGAAAGAACAGAUUGAAAUCACAAAAACACUUGAGAUGUAUUUUUAAGGCUAUAUAUGCCGCUUUUUUUUGUAGUCAAAGUAUUGAUUCAGGCUUCUCCAUUUUUCCUCUGCCUUUACCCAUUUCAGUGUCAUUUUCUUUCACACCUCUGUCGUGUUUGUCUCUUUUGUUAAGGAUUUCUGUCGAGGGAAGCUUGAUCUUGGCUGUACCUCAGUUGGGAAAGAAAACUGAUAAUCAAGCCUUAAAAUAAGCGUGAGCAAAACACUUGCUCCUAAGACUGACUUGCAUGUUUUUUUAUUUUUAUUUUAUAUGUCUACAUAUUCAGUAGAAAACACAUAUAUUUCUCUGCCAUCAUUGCCUUACUUUUUGUUUGCUGCAGUCUGUAAUCAUUCAGCCAUAUUCAAAUGUCGGCCUUUUAAAGCUUUAGCUUUUCCUACUUAUUCAGUUGGUUAAUUCUCUACAGGCUGUCGGUCAGGUCAAACAAUCUGCACCAUCUGACCAAAACACACACAUUUCCAUGGAAACCUCUGUACAUAACCGUGCACACAUACAGAGUUACACUUUUGCAAAGACAAUGAGAAAUAACACUUUUCCAUUUUGAAGAACACAGUCAUACCAGCUCAGCUUUUGCCAUUCAGUCAUUCACACAUUCAGCUACCAAAGCGAUGCAAUCCAUGUAUGGUGUAAGAUGCUGCUAUCCUGUGAUUUCAUAGUGUCAGAGAAAGAAUGAAAAACGUGUAUAUUGUUGUAAAAAAAUGAUGGCAGAGUAAGGUCGUAGUGUAAAAGGGGGAAAGGAGAGGACUAGGUGCACAAAAGUAGAAGCUCUAAGGGCAGUCUAACAAUUAAAAUUGUGCUAAAAGGGAUAGUUCAGGAUAUUUUAAGUUAGGUUCUGAUAAGACUUUGUUUGCAGUUAACACAUAGCCUGCAUUAGAUAACCAUCUUGGCAUUUUCAUUUAGUAUAAAUCCAGAUUAGUUGGUCUCAAAAUCAGAAGCUAACAGCUAGUCUGGGGAGGGGCCUAGACCAAAGGUAUCUACUACUGUAAAACUCAAAUCCCAAAAAACUUCAAAGCAGUUUAUGCAAAUGAUCUUUUGUGACAAUUAAACAGUCGUCAUUAACGGUAGUUUUUGCAAUGGAUGACCCAAUAUUGUCUUUACGAAAAUGAAACAAGACAAGAUCUUAGGAAUAUUCUUUGAAAUAAUUGGAAUCUAGUUGUUUUUUUUCACAGACUAAAGGUUUCAGAUUUUACAAACUGUGUUUUAAAGAAUCUGUGAUCAGUGUGGAAUGGUUUGGUCCAGGUUUAACCUGUCUAUCAGUUGCAGUUUUCUUCUUUUAAAAAUGCAAACUUUAUCCUCAUUACUGGCUAACAGUUAGCCAGGAGCAGUAUUCCCACAUUGUUUACAGGUCAUUUUUUUUAAUUGUCCGUAAUCCUUUCGCUUUUUUCUACCACAAACACAAAAUAAUUUCCACACUAACAAUUUGGAAGUGAUGGGAACACUUCCUGUCAAACAACCAAGCAACAACUCAAGAAGUACUUCCAGUCUUACUUCAAGAUAUGAGUCUCAAACGGAUAUAGGGACUUCAAUUUAAAGCCUCGUCUUCACAUCCAGGAAUUUAUUAGCUUGAACUGCAACAGCUACGAGAUGGAUUCACUACAAUUAAACAAGAAAUAUGGUUUAAUGUCUAGUUCCGCCACCUGACUUUUUAGGAUCGGGCAAAUGAUACGGCCUGAAAUGUUUUAAACCCUCCUAGUAUGUGUUUCACAGAGGAAGUUAAUUAGUGGUGCAUUGCCUCCAACCUUCAUUUCUUCUGUAAAAUUCAUCUCUUCUGUGUAAAUAAUCGCUCACUACAAGAACAGUUGUUUAAAAUGGUGUUCAUGAAAUAGCGUUGGCAUCAACUAUAGUGAGGAUUUUUCAAUUUGUGUUGUUUUAAGACGUAGAAGUCCCCAUUGGUGUGUCCCCUGUAGGGCUAACUGUCAGCUUCCGCAUCUGGGACCGUAUACUCUGGAUUUAUGCUAAAUUUAGGUGCCAUAUACUGCAGGUAAACUAUCAACUGCUUAUAACCUUUUGAUCAGGACCUCCGCAUUCCUUUUUAAUACCACUCUAAGGUCAGAAUCUGGACUUUAUGUUGGGCAUUUGUCGACUCCAGGAAACCAGGCUUGGAUUGUAAUCGCCUGCUGUUUUUCUAUGGAAGGAGUUGGCCAGGCACAUGUUUGAUCCCUCGUAACACCCCGGGGCUCGCUCUUCUCAGAUGUCAUUACUUCACCCUCUUUAUCUGUAGCAUAAUUUUGGAUAAGAGGUGCUUGCAACGUGUCAGCGUCCUUCUCUGCCAUCUACGUUUGUAAACCGGGAGAAGCUUAGAAGUAUUAGAAAUUAGCUUGUGCUUUGUUCUGCAGACAUUUAGUACGAACGCUGAAGCGGUUCCUUCUUGCAACGUGUCUGUGAAUCGAUACAUUUAAAGACUCUUUUCCUCUUUGCUCAUCUCCUGACCAUUGGUAAUUAAUCCUUUUUUUUUUUUUUUUGGCUCUGCCUACUUCUCGCCUGCUUUCGAUCCAUCCAGUCUCUCUGCUUCUUCCACAUUGCUCACUCUUUCUCUAUUAAAAGGUGCUUUAUUGAUGUGUAAUCAGAGCAGUAGCAAGUCUGUGAUCUCUGCUCAGACAGACAUGAUCUCUGAGGACUUGAACUAAUCUUCACUAACCAAACAAGCCUUGGACAGAACACAGCUCAACAGAACAGGGCAUUGUGACAUACGAAAAUAACCGCCCCUGACCAUCCCUAUCCUGUCUCAUGCCUGCUCCCCCCAACAAAUCUUUACAUCAAAGCCAAGGUACAAACCAUGUUUAUCAUACCAUGAUAAUCCAAAGAAGUCUCUCAAUCUGCGUUAUUAAUGUUAGACAUGCCUACUUCAGUCAUGGGGGGGGGUUGUUGGCGAGACUGAAUGGGAGGCAGAGGGGUUGAUUAGCUCUGAUUGGCAGCCUGUAACGUACCUCAGGGAUAAGGCCUUACAGAAGGGGAGUUCUAUCUAUCAUCCUCAUAGCUGUCAUCAUCAUCAUCAUCAUCUUCAUCACUAUAUUAACCAUCCUUUUCCUGCUGUCCUCCUUCUUCUUACCCCCCCUGACGCUGUAUCUCGUCCUGUCUUCGCUGUGCCUUGCUUUGUAUGUGUCAGUAAGCAAAGCGGUUUACUAGCUCAGAAAAAAAAAAAAAAUCUUUGCCAAAGUUGAUGGGAAAGUCAAGGUAGAGUUCUUUUCUAGGUUUUAUUUAUACUAUAUAUUUGCAUACAGUACUUUACAUGCCAAUUACAGUGCAAUCUUCAUUUAUUUAUUGUUUAAAGAUUAAGAGACAAGUGUAGUUAUAUACUAAUUUUUAUUCUUGUAGCAUGUUUUUUUUUUAAUGGAUGUAUGUUAGAUUGUAUGAUUAAGGCCAGCAUUCCUUAUCUCAGUAACCCUUUAAGUAUUUCUCUUGCUCAUCAGUUCAAGCAUUGCCAUUUCAGACAUGUAACCAAAUGCCUAUGGAUUCUUGUAACGCUUAGAGACACAUGUAGCAAGCCAGACCUUAGUGUCACUUCAAGUUCCUUCAAAUGGGGAUAAAUAUUUCUGCCCUUGGCUUUUUUUUUUUUCAUUUUUGUUGUUCUUAAUAGUGUUAUAUUGAAGCUUCUGAUAUAUUAUUUUACUGUUUUUAAAUCCAAAGUGCAGCGUUUGUAUGAUCUCUAGAUGUUGCUGCUGUCUAGAGGGUUCUGUGAUGUUCUUCUGUAAUACACCAUAACGCCUAUUAUUAUUAUUAUUACUAUUGCUCUCUCAAACGGAACAAAACAUUAACUUGAUCUGUGAUGAUGCUUUUUUUCUUUAUUUUUUUUUAGAUAUCAUGUUUUUUAUUGUGUUUUACAAAUCGAAAUUGUGCCAUUUAAAAAAAAAAAUACAGAAAAAGAAAAUGUUGAGCCCCCACAUUUUGUAGGAAUAUUUUUUUAAAUUGAUUUCACAUUUAAAUUUAAAGAAAACGGCAAAUGUGCUGGUGCUGGUCAUUUCGCCCGUUCGCCCUCUCGUACCUUUGCAAAAGAUUCUGCUGAUGGUCUAAUGUAAGAAAUGUGGGUUUAUAACUCUAAUAAACAAUAUCUUCAAGAAUGAAGACACUUAGCUAUUUUCAUUUUAUCAGAGGGUCUUAACCUGUCACCUUUUAUUUAGCCAAAGCUGCGAUCAAAAGUGUACAGAACCCUAAUAAAAAAGGCUGUUAUAAUUUACUGACAAAUCUGUCAACAUUUUGAUGUAUAGUGUGAACUAUAUCAUUCUGCAAAACAAACAAAUCUGAGAGGGGUUAAAAUAUAUAUAAGGAAGGAAUAAUUAGGUUGUAUAACUAUACACACUGUUGAACUAAGCAGCUUUUGAUUUAAUUUAGCGUACAAGUCUUAUUUAGCAAUAGUCUAUGACCAAAGCGGUUCACAAUUUUAUUUAUAUAGGUAAAAAUCUCAGUUACAGCUGAAAGAAAAUAACACUAUGACAUGAAGCUGCCUCCACCAUAUUUUACUGUAGUUACGCCAUUCUUUUGGUGAUGUGCAGUGAAGUGUUGUGCUAGUCGGAUCUGUUGGAAUUGUGGUCCAAAACCUCAAGUUUGGUUUCAUCAGACUAUAUCACGUUAUUCCGUAAGCUCAUUAGGAAAGUUUUGCUACAACUGGAAGUUUUCUCUGGAGCAAAAGAGUUUUUUCUCUUGCAACCUUACUCCAUAGCCAAGACAUAUAAAGAAUACAAGAGACAGUUUCCGCAGCCUCAUCUCAGUUAGUCCUCCAGCAUUGUCCAUUGUUGCUGUAGGUUUCUUGUUCAACUGACUAGUUUAUAUCAAGUCUAUUUAAGAAUUUGGAGAAGCACCUGGUUUUUAUAAUGUCACAAUAGUGGCAUGCCUUCUCCAAACUCUUAACUGUGCCAUGGUAUGUAAAGUAAUACUGUGGAAAUCUUUGUCCCCUUCUUCUGAUUGAUACUUUUGUACAUUCAGAUCAUUUUGAUCCUUUGUAGCUUUGGCAAAAGGAUAAAAUAUACGUAAUACACUGUAAUUGAUGGCAAGUGUAAACUGAAGAAGAUAAAAAGCUCAAAUCAAAUGAGAAGGUAUUUCAGCAGAGUUCUAGUUUAAGGUUGCGCACAUUUCCAUAACCAGGUUAUGACAUCUUUUACACCCAGUCAGAAACCUGCCAUUCAACAGGGUUGUGUACACUUUUAAGGGUCUGUGUAUUAAACAGUUGGAUUCCACAUCCGUUUGAAGCAUGUUUAUAACCACUUAUCGUCAUAAUUCAUGACAAAAAGGCUUAACUACAACAAACCAUCGGCAGAUUUGCAACAGUUCAAUUAAGUGCAUACAAAAUGGUUAAGCUGUUUCAGAACAGAGGUAUGAACUGGUGAAGGGGCGAAUUGAGCCACAGCCUGGUGUCAGCAAAAAUAAUUUUGAUGAUUCCUUAUGCAGUUAGGUGCUGGUAUAGUGAUAGUAUAGAGUUUUUUUUUUAAUUUUCUUCUUUUUUUCCAAUCCAUUGUUUUGCUAAGAGAUAAUAUACAGAGAUAUCUAUAGAGCUAUAGAGUAAGAUGGUAAAUACAUUAUGACUAACAGAGUUGAAGCACUUUUUUUAUGUUGAGCAUUUGACAUGAUGAGGUUACGAGUGGGAGGCAAUGGAUCCUUUGCUCUAUUAAAAAAAAAAAAAACACUACUGCCAACGCUUACUGUUAAGUUCAUUGGCAUUAUCCUCCCGAUGGCAUCACUGUGACAUUACUGGAGCACGGCUCCCAGCAGAACGCAAACUACAGCACCGAGGAAAGUACACUUCACAAGGCGUACCGUGCCUUUGCCAGAUAUGCUCAUUGUGUGUCUGCCUAGACUGUUGCAUAUUAAUCGACUUGUGACAUGUGAGUCUCCCUGUCUUUAUUAACCCCGUUUAGUUUCCCUCUUUGAGCCUUAAUACCCCAGUGUAAGAGCAGAGGUGUCCUUCUGUCACCAGCAGGCCAGUUAUCUUAGUGUUGAACAAUCUGACAGGUUUUGUAUAUCCCUUAAUGUUUUUUUAUUUUUAUUUUUUUUUACUUUUUGGUUCGUCUGUUUGUUUUUCCAAAUGCUGUUUUUUAUCUUUUAGGAAACCCACUCACCCAGACCCUGAUGGUCCUGCACAUUUUGUGGCUAUGUCCAGAAUAAGAGACAAUGUUUUAGCCCAGCAACCCCCCCCCCGUCUGUGCCUUCUGAUCAGUUUUUAUUUCUUUUAACUAUUUUUUUUUAUGUACAUUUUACAGGAAGUGGAGGUUAUAACUGAGACAUUUGGCAAUUUGACAGAGACUCACAGGUAUUUAAAUAUUUUCUGAGGCAAGACGCAUAAAAGGAAAAAAAAGAGAGAUAUUUUUACCUCACGAUUUUAGAGCAAACAUUCCAGUGUUGUCAUGGUCUACGAUUUGACACAAAGAAGAAAAAAAAAGAUAAAAAAUUUCAUGCAUUUUGUUUCUUGUAUUGUAAAUGUUAGACAAUUUCAUAUGCAUUAUAUAAAAAGAAACUGCCAUAUCGAUUUUAAUGUAUAGAUUUUUGCAAAUACUACCCUAUGUAUGUAAGACGUAACUGUAUCGGUAGCGUAUAUAUAAUAUAUUUAUGCCCAAUAAAUGUUUUAAUUUUUUCUGA